CCUUCCCCCAUCUGCAAAAUUUCGGAUCUGCUCUGCUCUGCUCUGCUACUUCCGGCUGCUGCUCUGCUGUAUGGGGGUGCGAAUUGCUCUGGUUUUUUGAUUUCCGUGAGUUUCCCUGCAUAUCCCGCCGGCCCUUCCCCCAAACUGCAGUCCUGUUUUUGCUGGGGAAAUUUUGGUUACUGAUCGUUCUGUCAGUUUAGCACUGAGAUCGAGUCUUCGGUUUUAUGCGAGUGAGGUAAGUAAAUUAUGGCAUUUUUUCGGUAAGAACAGCCCCUAAUUCCUUUGUUCUUGCUUGAAUUGGCUUGGGUUAACUUUGAUUGCUAUUGUUUCCUUCAAUUUUGGGUGAACCCGUGAGCUUCCCUGUAGAUUUGUCGCCGGCCUCUUCCCCCUGCCAUGUCCGGUUCUGCAGCUGCUAAAUUCUGGUUCCCGAUCGUUUUGCCAGUUAGCAUUGAGAUUGAGUGCUCGGUUUAUGCGAGUGAGGUAAGUAAAUUAUGGUAAUGCCCGUAUACUUUUUAAAAGCAUGUUUUGAUUUGUUUUUGAAGUGGUGGCGGGACUAAACCCGUUUUACACAAGCAUGACUGAUUUGAAGUGAAAUGUUUAUGUUUUUCAUUAAAUUGAGCAUGCCUACUUGAAAGUUUAAAUGACUAUCCUGAUGAUUUGAAAGUGAUUGUGAAUCGUGAUUUUUCUGUUAACUUCUGCCUGUUUUGUCUCCGAUAUGGUCAUGUUAUUCGUGUGCCCGCUAGUGGGAGGUUUAUAAACGCUAGCACAUGUCGACAUGUUACUGAUAGAACCGGUUCGUUUCUGUAACCCUACUAGUGGGGGUUAAACACUAGUAAUUUCUGUAGCCCGCCAGUGGGAGGUUUAUAACACUGGCCGUGACCUAUAGAGGAGACGUCUAUUUCGUGCCUGUACUGUAUCUGUUUUCGUGAUUGUACUUGUUGGCAUGCUUUAAGUUUGAUAAGGGGCACUCCAUAUUUACUUACUGAGUUUAUCUCAUAGUUUUUCCUUGUCCACAAUUUCAGGAUGUGAAACCGAGGACGGGGAAACCACGGGAAGUGACGAGUUAGAAGGCUAGCCAUAUUGUAAUUGGAUAUAAAUUUUAGAAAUAAAUCAUGAUCUUGUAUUUGGAGAUUUUAUGAUAUCAGAGAGAAUUUUAUAAUUUGAUCUUCAGAUUUUGAUGGUAUCAGAGUGUGAAUUUGAUAAGUUUCGAGCCUUGUGCAUUUGUGG